AGGUCAUACAAAACCCCAGAGUCCAGAACACACAUCCAGAAUGCUGCCACGAUGUAGAAUUCCUCAAAGCACUCGCCAUGACGUUCGACAUAUACAUACCAUCUAAUCUUACCUUCCAAGAUUACCUCGCAGUCUGCCAAUGCGCUCGCACGUUGGCGGACGGGUAUGACCGCAAGGACAAAUCUCGAGUCCGCGCGUCUCUCGCACCCAAUAUAAUCGUCGACUACAGCCUCGUUGUUCCAGCUUGGGGAGAGAAGCAUUUCGCAGCAGAUGCCUUCGUCGAAGAAUGGCUCGGUCCCAAUCACCUUGGUGUAAAGGCUCUAGCAACACAGCAUCUUCUUGGGAUCCCAUAUUUCAAAUCCGUGACGGAUGAGGAGAUUGUGGUCGAGUGGCAGCAGAUGGCUAGCCAUGGCAGACGCGUCGAAGGAGAGGAUUAUGCCAGUCCAAUGUGCAAGAUUGGAGAAAUUAGCGACGGGAGGAGUUGGAUGAAGCAGACGUUUGUGAAGGUUGAGGGAUCUUGGAGGAUCCGAAUUAUUCGGCCGGAGGUGUUGUAUCAUACUGGGGAUUUCUUGAGCGUUGGACGACCCGAUCAUGGAGAGGAUAUCAAACCUAGGUGAGAGAAGCAUGUUUUGGGGGUGUGAAUGUAGCGAACUGCGAGAUCGCUCAACCGUUUUGGCUCGCCGUCGGCGACGACAUCUGAAUAUCCCAC